AUGAGCCCCCACAGGAUCCCCGUUCUCCCUUCACCCGCCGCACUCCCUUAUUAUGGCAUCUCAAAGAAUGGCUUCUUACCUGCAGAAUCACCAUUAACUCACUUACCACAUACCUACUAUCAACCUUGGGAAAACAUUAUUAAGCAAAUCCCGAAACUCAUCGAUACACAGCAGAUACGGCAAUGGGUUGAUGAGUUGCCGGUUCUAGACACAUCGCAACUCUCUAGUGAGGCGGAAUGGCAGAGAGCUCAUUCAAUACUGGCUGUCAUAGCUCAAGGUUACAUAUGGACUGGUCCCGAGCCAUCCGAGCGACUACCUCCAGCGAUUACUGUGCCGUUUCUGCAGACUGCCGAAUAUCUUGAGGUGCAUCCGGUGGCCACAUAUGCGGCUCUGAAUCUGUGGAACUGGACACCACUCAGCGAAGAAGCCGACUUGACACAGCCAGAGAACAUGGUGGCACUACACACAGCGACCGGUAGUGAUGAUGAGUCGUGGUUCUUCAUCAUAUCGAAUGCCAUGGAGGCAAGGGCAGGCCCGUUGAUCGAGGCCAUGCUUGGUGCAAUCGAAGCGGUCGAGACCGAUGACGUCAGAACAAUUGUACACGCUCUGCGAUAUUUUCGACAAGGAAUGCAAAGCAUUGGCCGCCUUUUGGAACGUAUGGACGAGCGGUGCGACCCGCAAAUGUUCUAUCAUACUAUCCGACCCUUUCUGGCGGGAAGUAUGAACAUGGCCACUGCCGGUCUACCCAACGGUGUCUUUUACGACGAGGGCAAUGGAAAAGGCACAUGGCGCGCGUAUCGGGGCGGAUCCAACGGCCAGUCUUCAUUGCUGCAGUUUUUCGACGCCGUCCUCUCCGUCGACCAUUCUCGAAGCGGCGGAUUCCAUGCAGAGAUGCGUGGUUACAUGCCCGGGCCCCACGCCCGCUUCCUUGACGAUGUCCAGGCGAUCGCAAACAUCCGAAGCUACGUGAACAGUCAUGGAGACAACGCUGAGCUUCUGACAGCAUUCAACGAAGCAAUUGCGGCACUCAGUGGAUUCCGCGACAAGCACAUCGCUCUGGUGACUAGGUACAUCAUCAUACCGAGCCGGAUGGGGAAGCCGAAGACUGGGCCUAAGAGAAGAGACAUCGCUUCUGCCUCAACGGAGUUGGCUACGGAAAAGCCGAAGACGCAAGAAUUGGUUGGAACAGGAGGUACCAAGUUGAUACCAUUCCUACGCACUUCAAGAGACGAGACCAGCGAAACAAAAGUCGUACAUUGA